AUGUCAAAUGCUGCAUGCACAAAUACUGCAGGCUCAUUCACCUGCUUGCAAUGUUGGAACGCAUGUGAUUCAAAUGCUGCAUGCACAAAUACUGCAGGCUCAUUCACCUGUGCUUGCAAUGUUGGUUAUACCGGAGCUGGUACAGCUUGUACCGAUCAAGACGAAUGUACAUUAGGAACGCAUAACUGUGAUUCAAAUGCUGCAUGCACAAAUACUGCAGGCUCAUUCACCUGUGCUUGUAAUGUUGGUUAUACCGGAGUUGGUACAUCAUGUACAGAUCAAGACGAAUGUACAUUAGGAACGCAUAACUGUGAUUCAAAUGCUGCAUGCACAAAUACUGCAGGCUCAUUCACUUGUGCUUGCAAUGUUGGUUAUACCGGAGUUGGUACAUCAUGUACAGAUCAAGACGAAUGUACAUUAGGAACGCAUAACUGUGAUUCAAAUGCUGCAUGCACAAAUACUGCAGGCUCAUUCACCUGUGCUUGCAAUGUUGGUUAUACCGGAGUUGGUACAUCUUGUACCGAUCAAGACGAAUGUACAUUAGGAACGCAUAACUGUGAUUCAAAUGCUGCAUGCACAAAUACUGCAGGCUCAUUCACCUGUGCUUGUAAUGUUGGUUAUACCGGAGUUGGUACAUCUUGUACAGAUCAAGACGAAUGUACAUUAGGAACGCAUAACUGUGAUUCAAAUGCUGCAUGCACAAAUACUGCAGGCUCAUUCACUUGUGCUUGCAAUGUUGGUUAUACCGGAGUUGGUACAUCAUGUACAGAUCAAGACGAAUGUACAUUAGGAACGCAUAACUGUCAUGCAAAUGCUGCAUGCACAAAUACUGCAGGCUCAUUCACCUGUGCUUGUAAUGUUGGUUAUACCGGAGUUGGUACAGCUUGUACCGAUCAAGACGAAUGUACAUUAGGAACGCAUAACUGUGAUUCAAAUGCUGCAUGCACAAAUACUGCAGGCUCAUUCACCUGUGCUUGCAAUGUUGGUUAUACCGGAGUUGGUACAUCAUGUACAGAUCAAGACGAAUGUACAUUAGGAACGCAUAACUGUGAUUCAAAUGCUGCAUGCACAAAUACUGCAGGCUCAUUCACUUGUGCUUGCAAUGUUGGUUAUACCGGAGUUGGUACAUCAUGUACAGAUCAAGACGAAUGUACACUAGGAACGCAUAACUGUGAUUCAAAUGCUGCAUGCGCAAAUACUGCAGGCUCAUUCACCUGUGCUUGCAAUGUUGGUUAUACCGGAGUUGGUACAUCUUGUACCGAUCAAGACGAAUGUACAUUAGGAACGCAUAACUGUCAUGCAAAUGCUGCAUGCACAAAUACUGCAGGCUCAUUCACUUGUGCUUGUAAUGUUGGUUAUACCGGAGUUGGUACAUCGUGUACAGAUCAAGACGAAUGUACAUUAGGAACGCAUAACUGUGAUUCAAAUGCUGCAUGCACAAAUACUGCAGGCUCAUUCACCUGUGCUUGCAAUGUUGGUUAUACCGGAGCUGGUACAGCUUGUACCGAUCAAGACGAAUGUACAUUAGGAACGCAUAAUUGUGAUUCAAAUGCUGCAUGCACAAAUACUGCAGGCUCAUUCACCUGUGCUUGUAAUGUUGGUUAUACCGGAGUUGGUACAUCGUGUACAGAUCAAGACGAAUGUACAUUAGGAACGCAUAACUGUGAUUCAAAUGCUGCAUGCACAAAUACUGCAGGCUCAUUCACCUGUGCUUGCAAUGUUGGUUAUACCGGAGUUGGUACAUCUUGUACAGAUCAAGACGAAUGUACAUUAGGAACGCAUAACUGUGAUUCAAAUGCUGCAUGCACAAAUACAGCAGGCUCAUUCACCUGUGCUUGCAAUGUUGGUUAUACCGGAGUUGGUACAUCUUGUACAGAUCAAGACGAAUGUACUUUAGGAACGCAUAACUGUGAUUCAAAUGCUGCAUGCACAAAUACUGCAGGCUCAUUCACUUGUGCUUGCAAUGUUGGUUAUACCGGAGUUGGUACAUCAUGUACAGAUCAAGACGAAUGUACAUUAGGAACGCAUAACUGUGAUUCAAAUGCUGCAUGCACAAAUACUGCAGGCUCAUUCACCUGUGCUUGCAAUGUUGGUUAUACCGGAGUUGGUAUAUCUUGUACAGAUCAAGACGAAUGUACUUUAGGAACGCAUAACUGUGAUUCAAAUGCUGCAUGCACAAAUACUGCAGGCUCAUUCACUUGUGCUUGCAAUGUUGGUUAUACCGGAGUUGGUACAUCAUGUACAGAUCAAGACGAAUGUACAUUAGGAACGCAUAACUGUCAUGCAAAUGCUGCAUGCACAAAUACUGCAGGCUCAUUCACCUGUGCUUGCAAUGUUGGUUAUACCGGAGUUGGUACAUCUUGUACAGAUCAAGACGAAUGUACAUUAGGAACGCAUAACUGUGAUUCAAAUGCUGCAUGCACAAAUACUGCAGGCUCAUUCACUUGUGCUUGCAAUGUUGGUUAUACCGGAGUUGGUACAUCUUGUACAGAUCAAGACGAAUGUACUUUAGGAACGCAUAACUGUGAUUCAAAUGCUGCAUGCACAAAUACUGCAGGCUCAUUCACUUGUGCUUGCAAUGUUGGUUAUACCGGAGUUGGUACAUCAUGUACAGAUCAAGACGAAUGUACAUUAGGAACGCAUAACUGUGAUUCAAAUGCUGCAUGCACAAAUACUGCAGGCUCAUUCACCUGUGCUUGCAAUGUUGGUUAUACCGGAGUUGGUACAUCUUGUACAGAUCAAGACGAAUGUACAUUAGGAACGCAUAACUGUGAUUCAAAUGCUGCAUGCACAAAUACUGCAGGCUCAUUCACUUGUGCUUGCAAUGUUGGUUAUACCGGAGUUGGUACAUCAUGUACAGAUCAAGACGAAUGUACAUUAGGAACGCAUAACUGUGAUUCAAAUGCUGCAUGCACAAAUACUGCAGGCUCAUUCACCUGUGCUUGCAAUGUUGGUUAUACCGGAGUUGGUACAUCUUGUACAGAUCAAGACGAAUGUACUUUAGGAACGCAUAACUGUGAUUCAAAUGCUGCAUGCACAAAUACUGCAGGCUCAUUCACUUGUGCUUGCAAUGUUGGUUAUACCGGAGUUGGUACAUCAUGUACAGGUAUGUUAUCCUAA